AUGGCGGACGGACGACAGCGCGCUCUGUCGACCUCAGGAGAGUCUCUGUAUGCAGUGCUUGGGCUGGAGCGCGGCAGCAGCCAUGAUGAUAUUAAGAAGGCCUACAGGAAGCUGGCGCUGCGGUUCCACCCAGAUAAGAACCCAGACAACCCCGCGGCAGCCGAACGCUUUAAGGAGCUGAAUAGUGCCCAUGCAGUUCUGACAGACCCAACCAAACGGAACAUCUACGACGCGUACGGCUCCCUCGGGCUCUACGUCGCACAACAGUUUGGAGAGGACCACGUCAACACCUACUUCAUGCUCUCAACCUGGUGGGCCAAGGGUCUGUUUGCACUGUGCGGGCUCCUUACUGGCUGCUACUGCUGCUGCUGCUUGUGCUGCUGUUGUAACUGCUGCUGUGGGAGGCUUCGCCCCACAGGUGAGGGGGCAGAGCCUGAGUACGUCUCACCUGACGACCUGGAGGCGGAGCUACGCAACGACCCCGACACAGACGUCCCCGUGAUGCAGCAGCCCAACGCCAGCGAGAAGACACAGCUAAUCGGAGACGGACAGCGUCGCUAUGGAGACACAUACACAUGA